AUGUCGUCCUCGUUCUUCGAAUACCAUGAACCGAGUAUCGAGCAAAUUUUGAUACUCAUCGCUUUCUUUGUCGCACUCGGCAUCUUUACCGCUGCUUUUGAGCAGUAUGCUGGAAUCGGCCUACUUGGUCAAAUUUUAGUCGGUGGCAUCUUUGGCACGCCUCUCUCAAACAUCCUCGCCGAGGAUUGGCUGUCCACCUUCCUGGCCCUCGGGUAUCUUGGCUUGAUAGGACUUGUCUUCGAAGGCGGUUUGUCAUCCCGCUUGGAUCUCCUCUUUGCCAAUCUAGGCAUUUCUACAAUUUGUGCAGCUACAGGUAUUUUGGCACCAAUAGCUCUUUCUAUUCUCUUCAUUCACAUUGUGUUUGGCUAUACCCUGCUUGAAGGAUUCAUUGCUGGAGCUGCCCUUUCUGCAACAUCGCUCGGUACAACCUUUACGGUCCUCAAAGGUGCAACCAUCGACCUCAGAAACGCGCGAAUCGGAACCGUCUUGUCGAGUGCUGCAGUGAUUGACGAUGUAGUUGCCCUGGUUCUUGCCCAAGUCAUCACAUCGCUUGGAGGGAGCGACGGAUCACCUCUUGGAUGGGUCAUUGGCCGUCCGGUUCUCUCUGCCCUCGGACUUGCCCUCGUUACAGUACCGCUGAGCUGGCUCUUGCGUCAUCGCAUCUUACCAGCGUUGCGUCAGUUGCGCAGUACAAUACUCAAGCUGCUUAAAAUCACACAUGGAGAGAACCUGGCUGUCAUGACAAUACUGUCUUCUGUUUGGAUCAGUAUUGCAGCUUAUGCAGGCACCAGUAUUCUGCUUGGCGCAUAUCUGGCAGGCGUGAUGGUCAACUAUCUCGACCUGACUACUCCACCGGCGAAGCUCUCUCAUCGUGCAACAAACACUGAGCUUGACACGCAUCGGGUUGUCGUCAGGGAGCCUAGUUUUGCUGAGACGUUUGAGCACAGACUCGGAGUUGCGCAGACGCUCGGGAGCUGGUUCUUCUUCGCUAGUAUCGGCUAUUGCAUUCCCAUCCGCGAUCUUUGGCAAGGAACGCUUGUGUGGCAGGGCAUAGUGUACUCAAAUCAACAUGGUUCUUGCUUGAAGCGAGGCAUUUGGCCAGGCAUCUUGCUAGGCAGCGGUAUGGUUGCACGCGGUGAGAUUGGCUUGCUCAUCAUCCAGCUUGGCAUUGUCACUUCCGGCAAAGUCUCCAAAGAGGUUUUUAUCGUAGCCAUUUGGGCAAUACUUCUCAAUACGAUUGUCGGACCCAUCGCUGUGCGUCUUGUGGCUAGAUACAAGGGAGACGCAAUCAUGGGCGGUCACUGGGGUUUCUCGCAUGCGACACUUUAG